AGCUGAUUGACAGCUCAAACUGCAAGCUAAGCCAAGUCUUCCCAGCGCAGCCUCCAGCUGUGCCAUGGCCUAGAAUAGACACCACUUGGCGGGCAUUUGGGUUGGAUCCACGAACAAGGCCGCUUGGUUCCACUACUCUCCAUGAAGGUUGCAGGCCUUUUUGGCCUGGCAGUACUGCUGCCGACUGCCUGCAGCAUUCGAGAUGACCUUCAUGAUCAGCGGCUGGAGUUGAAGGACUCUUUGCGGCCCAACGCCUUUGUGGAGCUCAAAUCUGCAGCUUCCGGUGGAGCUGCAGGUCAAGCGGCAGUGCGAACUGGCAAGGGCAAGCGCCACGACCGCGACCGUGAUCGUGAGGCCCCUCAUCACCGCCACAAAAAGCAUGCUCGUCGUCAUGACGACUCCGAUGAUGAAAGCACGGACGAUGGCCGGACUAUUCAGGAAGAUUAUUUGGAUGCUUCUGACUCGGAUGAUGAUGGUCGGCUGGACGGAGAUGAGCCAAAGGAACGGCGUCACCACGUGAGGAGGAAUACUCGUGAUGAGGUUGAAGAUGGGGACCAGGCAUGGGAGGAGGAUGAAGAAGACCGCCCUCACAAAGGAAGAUCCAAGCCUCACCAUGGCGCACGAGAAGACCAUGAAGAUCCUGACCGGCAACCUAUGCAGGAUGCUGUGUCGAAAGAUACCCUCAAAAGCAUGGAGAAGACAGCACAGCUACCGACCAAUGUGACCAGUGGCGCAGUCACGAGCAGAGCUACGGAGAGCUCUGCUCCCUCGCAGCACGAAGUUGGGAAAGCAAGUGGCUGGUUCUUACCUUGUUUUGGCUGGAGCAUUGUAGUCGUUCUGGUCGUCCUAGUGGCUUUGCGAAUCAAGUGGCCGGAGCUGAGCGAUGUUGGUGUACGCUACGUUGCCAAGCGGGUGAGUCUGAUGGGCAAGAAGCCCAGAGAAGAGAAAUCCGAUGGUCGAGAGGACCCACAGCAGAAGAAAGUGGAGGUGCCUACAGAUGCCGAUGCAUUUCUGACUAGGGAAGCUACGAAAGCCUGAAAUGAAAUUGAAGACGACAUCGCCCAUGACAAGACCUUCUUAUAUUAAUAUGGAUGAAA